AUGGGUGAGAAGCAGAUGCGCUUCGCUCUCUCGGACCUGCCGUUCGAUGUGAGCCCGGCCUUCGAGAAGGACUCGGAGCUGGUUCCGGCCCGCGGCCACGGCCUGGAGCCGCCGUACGCGGGGCCGCUGUCGCUGCUGGGCGCCGGGGACCCGCUGCGCCCGCUGCGCCUGGCCACCAACUGCAUCACCGAGGUGACGCCGGUGAUCAGCUCCGUGUACACGCAGAUCCAGGCUCUGCCCGCCCGCCUCGAGCUGCCGCGGGGCCGCGACUCCUCCGAGGACGGCGCCGAGGGCAUCCCGGUGAUCUUCCGCAGCCGCGACGCCGCCGGCUCGCCCUCCAACGGCUGCCAGGACUCCACGGACACCGAGAGCAUCCAGGAGGAGCGGGCGGGCGGCGGCAGCAGCCGCCACAGCCCGGCCUACGCCAAAGAGGAGCCCAAGGAGGAGCCGGAGGGCGCGGCCCGCUGCUUCCCCAAGGAGUCGCUGCGCGUUCUCAACGAGGAGGGCGAGCAGCUGCGCGCCUUCUGCUGCGAGCACUGCCGGGUGCUCUUCCUGGACCACGUCAUGUUCACCAUCCACAUGGGCUGCCACGGCUUCAGGGACCCUUUCGAGUGCAACAUCUGCGGCUACCGCAGCCAGGACCGCUACGAGUUCUCCUCGCACAUCGUGCGCGGCGAGCACAAGAUUUGAGGUGGGAAAAGUCU